AUGAAGUCCCACAGCCCUCCUGAAGGCGGAAAAGCACAAAGUACCUAUAUUGAGGAUGUGCACUCUCUCAAGCACGCCGACGAGAAGGCACAGGGAGAUUACGCCGGUGCCACGGCCAAGACAGAUCCCAGGGAGAUUCGUCUUGUUCGAAAAUUGGACAUGCGAAUCAUGCCCAUUUUGUGGGCGAUGUAUUUCAUGAAUUUUAUUGACCGCAAUGCUGUUCCGAAUGCGCGCCUGAAUAACCUCGAGAAGGAUCUUGGUCUUGUCGGGACCCAGUAUAACACUUGUAUUUCGAUUUUAUUUGUGGGGUACCUGUUGAUGCAAAUUCCCUCCAACAUGCUCAUGUCCUCCAAGAAGGUCCGACCGUCCCUGUACAUGAGUGUUUGCAUGGGUAGCUGGGCAGUUGUCUCGGCUUGUACGGCUUUGACGAAGAACUAUGUCGGGCUGGUGAUGGUCAGGUUCUUCCUGGGUAUCACCGAAGCCCCUUUCUACCCCGGUGCUCUCUUCCUCUUAUCCGUCUUCUACACCCGCAAAGAAAUCGCUCUCCGGAUCUCGAUUUUAUAUUCGGGCAAUAUCAUCGCAACAGGAGUGGCAGGUCUCGUCGCGGCAGCAACCUUCUCCACCUUGGACAAGACACACGGUCUAGCAGGUUGGCAAUGGCUCUUCAUAAUCGAAGGCGCAGUCACAUUCGGAAUCGCCAUACUCGGCCUCUUCAUGCUCCCCGAUCACCCACUCACCACGCGAUGGCUCACUCCCGAAGAACGCCAACUAGCCCAUGACCGCAUACUCAAGGAUACAGUCAACAGCGAAGAAUCCAAGGGCCCCAUUGCCGGCCUGAAGCAAGCCUUCCGCGACCCACGGCUGUUCCUGCUAGCCUUCAUGCAAAACAUGCACCUGAGUUCCUGCAGCUUCAACAACUUCUUCCCGACCGUAGUGGGAAGUCUCGGCUACAACAGUACAAUCACACUCGUUCUCACAUGUCCGCCAUAUAUCGCUACAUGUCUCGCCAGUAUCGUGAUAGGCAUCACCUCCGGUCGGUAUAACGAGCGCACCUGGCACAUCACCGGCUGCAUCGGCGCUGCAGCCAUCGGGUUCAUUAUAUCCUGCGCGACGUUGAACACAGCUGCCAGAUAUAUCUCGUGCUUCUUGUUCGCGAGUGGUGCGUAUGCGGCGAAUUCGGUCAUUCUGGGUUGGGUCUCGGCGACGUUGGGACAGACGCCGGAAAAGAAAGCGGCGUCCCUCUCUUUCGUUAAUGUUGUUGCGAAUGCGUCGUAUAUUUACACCGCGUAUCUCUAUCCAAAAAGCGACGGGCCUCGCUAUCUGACUGCCAUGGCGUCAAAUGCGGCCUUCAGUGUUGCUGUUAUAGUUAGUGCGUGGGUCUUGAGGUUCUGGUUGCAGAACACGAAUAGGAAGAUAAGGCAAGGUAUUCUUCCAGGUGCCGAUGAGGGCCUGCUAUCUCGAUCCUGUUUUGAUCACCAUAAUUAUAAAUUAUAA